GGGAGCUCCAGGAGGACCGAAGGGUAGUGGUGGGAUUUCGCAUGCCCCUUCUUCCCCACUUCACCUGCCACACCGCGAGGUGAGGAAUCCCGUAACCCUAGUGGAUUUGCCCCGGGGAAUCCUCCGUGUUCACCCAGCAGGAAUCAAACUAGUUCGCAGCAGGAGCAAGAGGACCCUCUGCGUCCGAUCCCAACGCCGCAGAGGAGGUGUGCGAAGGAUUUGCUUAUAUCUGGGAGAAAAGCAAGCGGAUAGGGGUCUGCCCGGAGGUGGUGGUUUCUGGAGGUGAUCGUCCCUUUCCGUUUUGGGGAGCUCAAUCUGUACCCCUCCGUGGUCCAGAUUCAGCUCGUUGGUCCACGCUCGGUGGAGAUACAAGAUCCUUUGCUUAAGUUGUAAAAUCACCGCCGAUCGUCAUGGCUGAUAGGGGCAAUUUUGGUCCUCGUUUCCACUCUGUUUGGGGGUAGAUUUGGUCGCGGAUUUGGGGGAGGUCGUGGAGAGUUUCAGCAUGGAGGCUCUAACACAAGUUCGUAUGGGAACUGGGAGGAGAGAAGGGGCAAUUUCAGAGGUGGGAGAGAGAGCAAUGCUGAAUGGAGAUACAGAAAGGUCAACAAUCGAAACAAUGUGAAUGAGAAUAGAGAGCAGCCUUUUGAUCCACGAGACAAUCUGAAUCAGGGGAGAGAGCAAAUGAGACAGGCGCAAGGUUAUCAGAAAUAGGAGGAGGAUGCAACUUAGGUGGACUCUACACAAUCCAUAAACAAAGAUAAGGCAGAAGCUGAAGAGAGAGGGAAGAACCUCAAAACAUAACUCACUCUAAGGGGAGGCACAACAGAGAAGAUACUAGGAAAACGAUGGGAGUUUGUGGCAGGUGUGGAAAACCUGGUCACCUUCCUGAAGCAUGUGUGGCACCUGUGACUUAUUUAAGAUGUAAGAGAGAAGGACAUGUGGCUAGAGUAUGCAAUGAGAUUCUACUAUAGGAAUGCAUUGCUCCUUUUUGUGGUUUUGCUGCUGCUGGACAGGGAUUCCAUAUUGUGCAGGGUGUGAAUGCUGAUGAGAAUGCUAGAGAGAAAUGGCAAAUUGUGCCCUGAUCACAAUCCUAAGCGGGGAAGUGAGUGGGAGACAAUUGGAAGCUGAAUUCAAGGCACAGGCAGGACCACACUCAAUACGGAGGUGGUAUGCUAAGAAGGUGGCUGACAACAAGUACUAGCUGAGGUUCCCAACAGUAAAAAAGUGGAAGAUCUUUCUUUUUUCAAUGGAAUGUUUAUGAGAACAAUACCAAAUGUGACUUUCAAGGUGGAGAAAUGGAACCCAAAUGCUGGGGCCAAGAGUAAAUUAGAUACAUCCUGGUUCAGAAUCAUUGGUAUUCCUCUAGAGAAGAGAUCUGAAAAAAUUGCUAGCUAUGUAGGUUCCCUGGUGGGCAUUCGUUUAGAAGUGGAUAAGGGCAACCUGAGGAGAUGGGAUUAUGUGAGGGUCAGAAUUGGGUGUAGGGAUGUCAAGAAGCUACCAGCUUCAGUAGAGGGUUUGCUUGAUUUGCACUUCUAUGAAUUUACAUUUAAGAGAGAAGUACCUCAGGCUGGUGUGACAAAUGCAUCUGGUACCACAUGGACUAGGAUUGAUGACAGAUCCAAUGAGGACAACCCAUCUCCAAAAGAACCUAAAAGAUCUGAUGGGGGAGAUAGCCAAUCUAGGAAGAAUUCAGACCAAGGAGCUAAUACAUCUGAUAUAGGAAGUUCCUAGGGUAAAAGUGCUGGUACUUCUCAGAGAGCAGGUCAGGCUAUUGAGAAUAUGGAGAUUGAUCAAGAAGAGAAUGUCCAGGACGAUAUCCGGGAGAGAAUAUGUCAUUGACAGAAACCAGGAGGAGGUUCAAGAGAGUAGUCAGCCAAGAGAUAAAAAAGUGCAGAAUGCUAAACCUGACAGCAAGGUGAUGGGACAAGAACAUGAAUUAGAAACAAUUGAAGAAGAGAGUGAAGAUCAGGGGCUGUGCUUUGAUGACCUUAUUUCACCUGGUGGAGAACACUUCAAUUUUGGUUCCUUCCAGCAAAUUGAAGUAAAGCAGUUGUCGUCUGUUAAACUUCAUGAGAACACUUCAACUAUGAUAAAUGAAUAUGGAACCAACAUGUUUAAAUCUAAGUUUGAUCCUUUGACAGUUAUUGAGGCUAAGAAUGAUCUGAUCUUUGGAAAAAGUUCAACUCAAACAAAACAGGGGGGAGUGGAGACAAAAAGCCCAAGCCAAGAGACACGGGAGCCGCCUGUGGUCUGGUCUAGUCAAGAAGAACAAUGGUCCAACAUCCAGGAAUCUGAAAUUGACUAUGGAGAGCUUGGUCUGACACAAACUCAAGAGGGGAUGCAAAGUGAGCAAGUUACUGAUCAAAAUAUGGAUUUGGAUGGGAAAGUGGAGGAGAACUCAAACAAAGCCGAGGCUGAGGACACAAUCGAGGAGAGCAGAGAGGAACUCAAGAACAUGGGGCAAAGCUCGAGGAUCAAGAACCAAGGCAUGGAUGGCUUAAAAGCAUCUGAGAAAGCUGAAAGACUGAAGAGAAAGCACAACUUAGAAGGAAAGCCCCCGUAAUUAGGGGUGGAGACUUCAAUAUUUUGAGAUAUAGCUCUGAAAAAAAUAAGAAUUUCUCUGGAAACCGCUUCGCGGACAUGUUUAAUUGUAUCAUCAAUACACACAAUUUGAGAGAUAUCCAUAUGAAUGGAGGAAAGUAUACGUGGAGUAAUAAUCAAGAAUAUCCCACUUUAGAAUGACUGGACAGGGUGUUGGUCAGUGAUGAUUGGGAGCAAGAAUUUCCUCUAGCCAAUUUGUGCAAAAUCCCAAGAUACAUGUCGGAUCACAAUCCUCUGAUAUUGUGUACUGACAUGGAUAAAAAAAAAGGGGGGGGGGUCUUUUUACUUUGAAACCUCAUGGUUGAAACACCAUGAUUUUGUGCCUAAGAUCACCGAGAUCUGGAGUAGGCCGGUUACAGCAAACUCUGCAGUGGUUAGUUGAGUGAUUAAAGUGGAUAGAGUGAAAAAUUUUCUUAAAGGAUGGGGUCAAAGUCUGAGAGGGCACACUAGAAAAUAUAAAAACUUGUUAAAAGAGGAACUGGGAAUGCUGGAAAAAGAAGAGGACAAUCUGCUAGCUCCGAAUAGAUUGGAGAGGAAAACUUUUAUUAAAAAGGGCUGUUGAGGCUACAGGAGGAGGAAAAACUCUAUUGGCAUAAAAGAUCAAAUAGUAGGUGGCUGUUGGAAGGUGAUAAUAACUUAGCUUUCUUCCAUAGGGUGGCAAAUGGGAAAAAGAGAAAAAAUACUGUUUUUAGCCCGCAGGAUGGAGAGAAUGAGAUCGAAGGGGAUGAGAAUCUAAUGAAACAUGCAACUUUGUAUUAUAAAAACUUGUUUGGACCCUCGGACUGUCCAAACCUGAGCCUUGACCCUUCAUGCUGGAAGGAGGAGGAAAAAAUAACAGCAGCUGAGAAUGAGCUAUUGAAAAGAGACUUCUCUAAGGAAUAGAUAAAAACAGCAGUAUUUUGGAUGGAAAAAAAAUACAGCUCAUGGGCCUGACCAUCUCCCAAUUGAACACUACAAACCUGUUGGGAUGUAGUGAAAAGUGACUUAUUAAGAAUGUUCAAAGAUUUCGAGGAGCAAGAUCUUGACAUUGCUAGACUCAACUAUGGAACCAUCACACUGAUUCCAAAAGUGAAAGAGGCAAAUAAGAUUAAGUUGUAUAGACCAAUUUGUCUGCUCAAUGCAAUUUACAAUGUUUUUACAAAAAAUUGGAUGCUUAGACUAGAAUCAAUCAUUGGUAGACUGAUAAAUAGGGCACAAAAUAGUUUUAUUAAGGGAAAAAACAUCAUGGAUAGUGUGAUGAGUUUGCAUGAGAUCUUACAUGACACGAGAGCAAGAAAGAAGAAGGGGUUGGUACUCAAGUUAGAUUUUGAGAAAGCGCAUGAUAAAAUAAGCUGGAAUUUCCUAUUAACCUACCUCAAAAGAGGCUUUGGAGAAAAAUGGUGUCAGUGGAUUAAGAAGGUGAUGACUAGUGGAACACUUAGUGUGAGACUGAACAAUACCUAAGGUGACUACUUUGUGAGGGGGAAAGGAGUUAGACAGGGGGACCCCCUAUCCCCCCUACUAUUUAAUUUUGCUACCGAUGCUCUCGCAAAAAUGAUCAACAUGGCUCGAGACAAUAAAAUGAUUAAGGGUCUAAUCCCAGAGUACAUUGAGAAUGGUGUGGCUAUUCUCCAAUAUGCAGGUGAGAGGGAGCGAGGCCAAGUGUGCAGGUGCUCCUGCAGUAGAUGUCUAGUGAAUGCGUGCCUCCUAGCUAGGUCGUCCCAACAGGCCGUUUGAGUCCUGGUUGGUUUUUCUUUUCGGGUUGUGGUCUCGUUUGGUUUGUGUUAUAAGUAACAAACUAGUGUCUAUGUUAUACUGAGUGCCGGUGCUUUUUCUAAGCUCUGGUACUCACCUUCUUCCUUAAAUGAAAUGACACGCAGUCCUCCCGCGUAGUACGAGAAAAAAAUUCUCCAAUAUGUAGACGAUACCAUUCUUUGUUUGGAUGAUGAUGUGGAGUCGGCUAGAAAUAUGAAAUACUUGCUGUAUAUGUUUGAGGGAAUGUCUGACCUAAAAAUCAACUUCAAUAAAAGUGAAGUGUCGAUGAUAGGUGAAAAUAAUCAAAAGUUUGUGGCAUACUUAGAUGUUCAGCUGUGUGGUGGGGGCCUGACCGAUAAAAUACUUGGGGAUCCUAGUCUCUGGAUCCAUACUUCAUGUGAUGGAGUGGUUACCAUUGGAUGAAAAAGUGCUGAAAAGACUCGAUGGCUGGAAAGGAGGGGCUCUCUCAAUUGGAGGGAGGCUGACUCUCCUAAAUGCCCGCCUAAGCAGCAUACCUAUAUACUAUAUGUCCAUGCAAUUACUACCGAAAAUUAUCCACAAAAGGCUUGACAGAACUAGAAAAAGAUUCUUUUGGCAAGGUGGACAAACCAAGAAAAAAAAAUACCACCUAGUGAAGUGGUGCAAAAUUACCAUUCCCAUCAAAAAAGGAGGUCUAGGGGUCUAAGAUUUAAGAAAUAUAAACUUGAGUCUAUGUCGGUGUUUUUACCGUCGGCCUACCUAGGGAUACCCUAAGGUAGGUGAUUAUUUGGUGAGGGAUCGCCGGAUCUGGAACUUGAAGGUGAACGCAAGAACACAAGAUACAAAUUUAGACAGGUUCGGACCGCUAGAGUAGCGUAAUACCCUACGUCCUGUUUUGGGGUGUUGUAUAUUGCACCCUGCGCUUGGAUGUUGAGUGGCCUGUUGGCUGCUCUCUGUUGUUUCUCUCCUAUCUAGGUAUUCCUGCCCUCCUUUAUAUAUCCCAGGGGACGGGGUUCCUAGUAGGAUUACAAGGUAGGAGUCCUAGU